GCCGCACAGACGCGCGCCUGCGGACCGAGCGUUUGUCCGCAUUCGUGCCCGGUUGCUAUAUCCGUGGCGCGCUCGUGGUACCUCCAAGUUUCCUGCUGCAUAGCUGCCCAAAAUUCCCAUCCGUAAGGGUCGUGAGGGCGUAAAAAACACCUGAGAGCACUCCACGCAAGCGCAGCAAUACACGCUACACCAUGCCAGAGCUCCCGGAAGCCGAGGCCCAGCGCAGACUGCUCGACCGCUGCGUCGUCGGGCAGACCAUCGAACGCGUCGAGACGAAAGAGCAAGGCGGCGGCGCGCGCGACGGCCAGCUAGACGACAAAGUACUGGACGGCGACAUCGAUGCAUUGGCCGGCUCCCGCGUCGUCGCCGCGAACCGCAAAGGCAAACAGCUGUGGCUCGAACUAGACAAGGGCAAAACCAAGCACUGCCUGCUCAUCCACCUGGGUAUGACGGGCAGCUGCGUCAUCAAGGGCGAGGCUCCGCCGUCGUACAAGGCCUUCUCGAUCGACGACGCCUUCCCGCCCAAGUACACGAAGCUCGAGCUCGUAAUGGGUGACGGCACGCGCCUGGCCUACUGCGACCCGCGGCGCUUCGGCCGCGUCAAACUGCGCGGCGCCGAGCCGGAGGAGCUGGCGGCCCUCGCCCCGGACGCCCUCGAGGCUCCUGCCGUCGCCGCGAUGCGGAGCGCGUUGAGCUCGAAGUCGGCUCCUAUCAAGGCCGUGCUGCUCGACCAGUCGGCCGUCGUUUGUGGCAUAGGCAACUGGGUCGCCGACGAAGUUCUCUACAUGUCUAGGAUUCACCCUGCGACGGCCGCCUCGGCGCUCUCGGCGGACCAAGUAAAGGCGCUGCGCGCGGCCAUCGUAAAUGUGUGCAAGACGGCCUGCGACGCGAACGCCGACUCGGAGCAAUUCCCGGCGACGUGGCUCUUCCACCACCGCUGGGCGAAGAUGACCACGGGUUCGAUCGCGUCGCCGAUCGGGCGCAUCCACUUCGACACGAUCGGCGGUCGGACGACCGCCUUCCUGCCCGACGUCCAGAAGAAGACGGGCGGGCAGCCCGCGGCGAAGCCUUCGACGAAGCCCGCCGCCGCAAAGCCCGCUUCAAAGAAGAAGCGCUUGGCGGCGAAGAAACCCUCGGCCGCGAAGAAGCGCCGGGCCUCUCCCAGAAACCUGUCUAAGUAAACUUGUCUCUU